AAAAAAAAAAAGAACACAAAGUGACAGAAAUUCUGAUAUGCAUUACUUUUUUCUUCUGGGGCCUAGGUGCUUAUUUAUUCAAUUCAGAUACAAGUCGAACGAUUUCAUGGGGAUUCAUGAUCUUUGGAUGCAUCAUCUUAUUCACAAGUUUUAUCGGUUGUUUCGGAGCGCAUGUUGAACAUGUCGGAUUUCUCAAAGUAUACAGUAGCAUCACCGCCUCAUUUCUCGUUGCACAACUGACAAUUUUGGGAUUUGCUUAUGCGCAUCGACGCCAGUUUGACCAAUAUGGUAGUGCUGGCUGGGAUUUUUUUCAUGAAAACGAUCCGCGAUUUCUUUUACAAAUUGAAGAAACAUUACAAUGCUGCGGUUACAACUCGUCAUCAGACAGACCAUUGUCUGGGGCAUGCUACGCAGUCACUGGUUGCAAAGACGCUUUCAUCAAUGUAGCACAACAAUGGCAUCAGUGGAUAGUCAUUGGAGUGAUCAUGAUUUUGGGCUUACAGCUGGUUGUUCUAUUGACUGUCCUAAUAUUAACCAUUAUCAUCGAACGGGAAGCCAGGGAAGAUGAAGUGAACAUGUCGCUACUCUCGAGCUCCAAUCAUAACCAUACUUGGCUGUCCCCGGAAAGACCAGGUUUCAGCCCUCAUGGAAGCAGCAAUUCGUACUUCUCACGUCACCCUCAACCGACCGUUUGGUCACGGCCAAGUUAUGGUUCCUCCUCCACCAGUUCAUCGCCGCGCGUACCUCGUUACGGCAGCACCCAGUUCAGCAAGUAAAAAGACAAAUUCAUCUUCAAUUGUUAUCAAUGUUACCCCUCCCUUUUCUUUUACUAUUUCCAACAUUACUUUUGUGCAUAUCCUUUCAGAUUCCUUUCUUUUUUUUUCCCUUAAAAAAAUUACGAUGUACAUUUUCGCAUCCUUUCAGUUAAUACCAAAUUAAAAAUAUCUUCAUAGCUCUUUAUCUUUUUUCUUUUUUUUUUUAGGUUUUU